CCAACCAAAUCUUUCAAGAGUGUCCAGGGUUUACUCUGUUCCAAGCUGUCAUUUGACCCAUAAUUCCUAAAACCUCUCUCCCUUCUACUACCCAUAAAUAUAUGCCUAUCUCCACCUCCACAACCCCAUCUCUCUCCUCCUCCUCCUCCCUCUCUCUCUCUCUCCACCAUGGAUACCUUAGAGGACCACCGCAACCCGAUCGCAAAACACAGGCGAACCAAGCGACAGACGCCCCAAUCCCCAAUCCCAUUCUCGAUUUCCACCAAUGGCAACGACGAUGGCAGCAACGGAGACAAUUUCAAUUACGCUCCGACCGAGGAAGAGGAAGAAAUGGCGAAUUGCCUGAUUCUCCUAGCCCAAGGAAACAGCUCAAAUCACCCCUCAUCUAUUGGCCACGAUCACGACCAAACGGAAUCCAAACUCACCAGCAAACGGAUUUCGGAAGCUGGAAAUGACGUGAUGUACCAAUGCAAAACAUGUGACCGGGCAUUCCCGUCGUUCCAAGCGUUGGGCGGACACAUGGCAAGCCACAAGAAGUCUAUGAACAAGCCAUUGUCGUCCGAUGAAGAGAAGGAGGAUCAACAAUUCAAGGCCCCUGUUUCUUCCCCUGCUUCAAUGCCACCGCAACUGACAAAUGAAAACACAAGUUUUCAUGGGAAUUCCAAUGGGUCGUCUAGGAUUCACGAGUGCUGGAUUUGUGGGGCAGAAUUCACGUCGGGGCAAGCCUUGGGGGGGCACAUGAGGCGGCACAGGACGUCUGAGAACCGUUACGAAGUGAAAAGGGAGAGAAGUGGAUUGUCGUUUGACUUGGAUCUCAACUUCCCUGCUCCUGUAUCCGAUCACGAGAGAGAAACGAAAUUUGGUUUCGGAACAGCGAAAAAGCAGAAACAGAACCAGAACCGAUCGGGACUUGUUUUGCCGACGGCUCCUACUUUUGUGGAUUGUCACUACUGAGGAGAGGAGGUGAAUUCACGUUUGGAAAAAAAGAGAGCAAUAUAUGUUGCGCACGCAAGUCUCGACACAAUUGUGUUUGUUAUCAUUUGAUGUACAUGGGUUGACACAGCUUUACCGGCGAUUCUUUUUAUUUGUUGCUAUAAGUGAGGAUUGUGAAUGUUGUAAUCCUCUUUGAAAUUUGUUGAUGGGUAACACAAAUUGGAAUUGUGAUUCUUUUAUGAUUUGUUAAUGUGAAGCACCUGAGUAACUUUCUUU